AAACACGACAACGACACCAUCAUCGAAACCCGUUCAGCAAUGAUCCCUAUGUAUGUGUGUAAGUCUGAAACCAGGAUGAAUAACAUUUUGUGGCAAGCAUAUUUCUAGUUCUUUCAAACAAGAGCCCACUUUUCAAAAGACAAAAUGUCCUCAACCAGCGGCGCCCCUCUGUGGGCGUCAGCGCUUACUGCAGCUUGCUAUGCUGCACUUAUGGCGUUUCUGUACUCAGACAUCAUUGCUUUCUUUGGUCAGUUUCCACCGUUAUACGUGAUUGCUGCGUGUUUCGCUGCGGUCCUCUCGUGCACUUUAUGUCGGUGCGCGCAGGAAGCAACGCGGGAUGAAAUCCCGCUCUUUCCGCCAGAAGGAUUGUUAGGUGCGCUCACGAAGACAGCUACAACAUCGAAGAAGCAAUCACCUUCAGCGAGUACAUUUGUUUCCACUUUCUUGCGGACCGCAGAAGAUUUCCUGAAACUGUUGCCGACCUACCUCCUAGUCGUCUUCGCUACCAGUAGUCCGGAGAAAGACACACUGCUAGUUUUUGUCAUCUACGUUAGUACAGCCUUCGGCCUCUUAGCGCAAGAAUUCCCGAGGAAAAUGGGAAUCCAGAAUCUAGCCAGUUUUUCUUGUCCUGCUUUCACAGUCUUGCCAGCAAACGUGAUGAAUUUCUUGGGCAGAAGUCACGGUGCUACGAGUCGAAGUAACCGCGCGAUAUUUCCAGAAGAAUUGUCAGCGAUUCUUCGUGGGACUGCCGAUGACCCACUGAAACUAGCACCUAACCUGAAACUAGAGUGCGUUUUCCGCUCCAGAGAAAGGUGGAGUCGUGCGGCAUCUUUACCGCCAGGCGGUGAGCCACCAUUGAGGGAGAAGGAGCUCGCAACACAAGCAGGAUUUGAGAACCCUUUGGAUGCUCUUGGUCGUGAUAGUAGCUCCUUUGGUGCGAAGUCUGACUUAGAAGCUGAAAUUGCAAGUGCGGGAGUAGAGCUUGAGGCUUACCGUCAGAAGCUAGCUGCAUUUCAAGAAGGCAAAACGAAAUCGUUUGGACAAGGAGAUGAAGAUGAGAAGAAAGGGACAAAAGGCAACAAAGACGAAGAUGUUUCUAGUACCACUUCAGAAUACGAAAUGGUUGAUUCUAACGGUAAAGACGAAACAAACGGUUCUGUCGAAGACGACGUCCUUCCUGAAGACAUCGCGUUUUUACUAAGUGAUCUUCCUUCUUGCGUUUCCGUACGAGGACCAAAAGUGUUUGGAUUUACGUUGUACAACAUGUGCUAUCCGUUUCUACUGAUCGAUCGACGUGAGCCUGGGUGGAUCAUCGCGGUGUUGGUGGUUUUCAAUUUUUUAGAUAGACUCUGGAUGUUGUCGAGUAUGACAUUGCUAGAGCAGCGGUCAUUCCGAAGGCAAAGAUGGACACACGACGUGACGGUGAUAUUGUGCUGGAUCUAUACGUUGGUGAAGUGCGUGCUGUUGGGAUAUGGGGAGGGGGGUGGUACUAGAUGUUGAUAAUCUUUGGGUCGUACUACUACCGGAAAGUUGUAUUUCUGUACCUAGCAACAAAUAUUCUUUCAGUCUAAUUUGUUUCCCAUUAUUCGAUCUGUAGUUGACCUCAUCAUCUUGCCCAACAAUACAACCUCCAGUUCGUCCCGCGUUCUUCCUGAUCUGGAGGAACUUCUACCUUGGCCAUCUCCUUCUCUUCGUCGCUGAGCAUGUGAUCCCCACAACCGCUUUCGGACUCCGCAGUGUGACGAUCUCCUGUCGUCAGUUUGUCAUGGACGAUACAGCUUCAAAAGAAGAUGUGGCAGCGGCAAAGACGAAUCUCUCGACUGCUAAAGGUGGCGCAAAUGCAAACUCAACAUCAACAUCUCCCUUACCCGCUUUCCUCCUAACACAAAGCGCCUUUGGACCACGGGAACGAUUCCCAAAGCCAGACGGGCUAAAAGAGCGCGUGAAGGAGGUUUACAUGAGACCGGAUUGGAGAGAACUACUGCAGAAACGUCACGAUACGCAUGAUUCCAUUGCCUUUCACGGAACUGGGGCGUCGUCGUGUGCAGCGAUACUGGAGACAGGAUUCGAACCGAAGCUGGGACAGAUUGGGACGGUGACUUAUUUAUGAUUUUCCGAUGGUGUCGUGAGUGACUACUUGUUGAUGUACUCCAAGACGAGGGUCUGAAAACAAGCACAGGUCUUAUCAGGUUAAUAUCGUCUGGGUAACAAUGUCAAUACCUGAAUGUCGUAGUCUUCGAGUUAGAAUCCUGAGUGAAGAUGGAAUACUUCUCUAACACUUUUCGCUUCCGAUGUCGACGCAGCCAGCUGUUUUUCAGGCGAUGGCUGGGUCUUCGUUGUUGCUCUAGACCGUCGCCGCUAUGUUGCAGGCGUGACAACUGCAAACUUCACACCACAUUCUGAAGGUAGAGAGUGUCCGACCUAUGUAGUGUACGAAUACGACAAUGUUGCCGUCAGUGGUUGUGGUUGCGGUUUUCCUACAAGUUCAUCAGCAAAUAGUGCUGUCUUAAUUCUUGGAAUCAUCCGAAUUCGACUCUACGAUGGACCUUGGGCACCGUCGAUGCGCAAUCGGGGUGUAUUGUCGGACGAGUUUAGGAAAUUCAUGGAUGUCAAACAAGAUGGACAUACGGCAGCAUCAGAUUCACCAUCAGAAUCUUCAACUCCAGCUUCUCCUAGCAACAAGAACAAGAGUCCUGAAAUCUAUUACAACACUCCAUCCGAUCUUGCCAAUGCGCGCAAGCACGUCCAAUUCCGUUUCGUACAGUGGAACAUCCAGUAUUGGCAUACGCUAGGAGGCAGACUAGACAUCGACGCAAUGUUUGCGGUUUUUACUGAUCUCGAUGCGGAUAUUUUAGUGUUGAAUGAGGUGAUGUUUUUGUGGCCUUAUUUGGUGCAGAAGGACUUCGAAAAACGACUGCGAGAAAAAUGUGGUUUUAACCACUUCUUGUAUGGGAACACGACAAAGUGGGAUCCGUUGAUGCGUCUAAGAAAAGCGUUUUUCGGCAAUGUCAUCUGUUCAAAAACGGAGCUGGAGAAUCCUAUGGUCAUAGAAAUGCCAGGUAGUGAAGACCGACCACAUGAAGAUAGAUCCGCUGUAGCAGGCACGUUGGAGAUUGGAGUCGAAGAUGGAGAGGGAAGAAGUACAAGUAGUCCAAAGCAGAAAAUCAGACUAGUUGGAACACAUCUGGAGAUCUGGGAUCAAUCUGGUCAGGCUGCGCUGAGGCAGACGAGGCAGAUACUGGGGAAAUGCUUCGAAGAUGGUAGUGAUAAAAAUACUUCUAGCAGCGCUUCUAGUAGCAACAGUACUCUCGAAAUCCUCUGUGGUGAUCUCAAUUCCUUCCGUCGUUGUGAAUACAGCGAAAACCGACUUGACCGCUUUCCUAAGCCGCACAACUUCAACGUAAUCCGCUAUCUAGAGAGGGAUGGUUUCGAGGAUGCUUUUUCACUAUGCGGAGUUGACCCACCAGAGAUGUCAGUGUGGUCGACAGCUAGGGUUGACUACUUCUUUGUACGAGAAAGGAGACAGCAGGGUGGACAAAAGGACAACGAAAAGUCCAAAAAUGCUUUCAAGGAUUCAUGGAGAGGUCGAGUGUACAAGAAUUGUGUCUCUGAUCACGCGCCGUUGAUACUUGAGCGGCAAGGGUGAUAGAUCAGGGGCGGGUAGAGAUUGAUUCAUCAAGCAUGAUGAUGAUUUAAGCAUAAGCAACAUUUAGACACCUUGUUCAAUAACGCCUCGACGUUUGUUCACGAGCUUCUCAUCAGUCUCUAUUCGG